CAGAAACGUUAAAUCGGUUCUAUUUAGACACACAACAGAGGAAUGGCACAAACAGAGACAGUUCUGUAUUCCCAGUAUUUUGUGCCCAUUCUUCUCUUGAUAGCCUGGAUUGUAGGUUGUAUACUGACAGUUUAUUUUGUCUUCUCUUAAAACGGGAAGGAAGCCUUUUCAAACAACAUCUGAAACAGGAUGAAGAUGUUUAUUUCUUAUUUUGAAAACACACCACACAGAUUAUAUUUUAAGAAUAUUACAACAAAGUAUUGAUAUAUAUGUUUUCUCUGUCUAGAAAUAAAAAAUAAAAAGCAAUUUUGUAAAUUUAAGUAAUUUUGAAUUAAAAUUUCCAGAUUUGGAUAUUUGAUGGUAGAAAAAUGUUUGCCAAACUCCUUUUUAUUCUGGUAUCCAACCCCCCAUCCCCAUCUGAUGUGUCCAUGUAUGAAAUAAUGACCCCUCUCCUUUAAAAAAUCUCUGGAAUAAUAUUU